AAGCUGGGAGAGAAAAGUUCCCCUCUGCCUUUGACCAAGUCCCUCAGUGUGGGGACAGUUCUGUUUUGCCUUUGGAGGUCUCAGCAGCCUGACCUACUUUCAAAAAUGAUAUUAGAUUCAAGAAGCCGUGGAACCUAAUAAUAAUAAUACUUUGUCAUUCCCAUUGGACAUUUUUCUGCACUCAUCCCCAUAGACUAUGUCCCAGUAUUCCCACAACUAUCUACUAGUUCCUAUCCCUGAAUACCCCCUAUUGGAUUGUGAUACUAACAGGAACGUCAAGAUUGUGGUUCUGGGGGGCAGCGGUGUUGGAAAAACAGCUCUGGUUGUAAGAUUUCUCACAAAGAGAUUUAUUGGAGACUAUGAAGCAAACACUGGUGCAUUAUACUCAAGAAAAGUGACAAUCGAUGGGGAACAAAUUUCCCUUCAAGUUCAGGACACACCCUAUGUUUCAAUGGAGGAGGAUGCAGACAGUAUUUGUUGCCAGGAGCAAAUAAACCGAUCCAUUUACUGGGCAGAUGGCUUUGUUCUGGUGUUUUCCAUCACAGACUACAAUAGCUACCGUGUGAUUAGACCUCUAUACCAGCACUUACGGAAAAUCCACCCAAACACCAAAAUCCCACUUCUCCUCGUAGGAAAUAAAGCUGAUCUUCUGAGGGCUCGGCAGGUGGAAUCUGAUGAGGGGCUCCAGCUUGCCAAUGAACUGACUGGUACAUAUGCUGAAGUAUCUGCCAGAGAAAAUUAUGAAGGAGUAUAUGGAGCAUUCUACCAGCUUUGCCAGGAGGUUGGCAAGAUGAUUUUCAGCUGCAAUGGAGAAAAAAGAAGAGGGCUUCAUCUUGUGCGUCCUAGGUCUCCAAACAUGCAAGACCUAAAGAGACGUUUUAAACAAGUGUUAUCCUCCAAAGUCAAAUCUACUACUACUCUCUGACCGUUAACAGAUGUGCACAAAUAGAUGUGCACAUUUCAGAUAUAUCCAUCAAAAUCAAAAAGUUUGUCUCCGCAAAUUGCGCUGGAAACAAUUUGUGUCUUUUUGCAUUUAUAGUUUACAUCAAAUUUGGUAUUAUUGAUUGUGAAGUGAAAAAAGCUAAGUAACUCUGUUUAACUGUUUGUGCAGCUAUAGUUAAGGUAUACAUAGUACCUACACAUAGCUGAAGUAGUUUAUGGACUUAUCUCAGUUCACUACACGAUAAUGACAUCACUAAGGCAGGGCAUGUAUAGGUAAAUGUUUUCCCUGUAAACAACCUGAUUCAAUGUUUGAGACAAGAAUUGGGUUACAUAUGACUUCCAGAUUUGGUGUGAAAUAAAACAAACAAACAAAAAAAACAUUUGAUAGCAGAUCAAAUGUUUAAGAUAUAAGAUAUAAGAUCUGGCUGGCAGCAGAUGAAUAGUCUCAACAGCUCCAAAGAAGGACAACCAUUACGCUGCCCUCCCAUGAUAUAUCAGCACAUAUUCGGCUAGCAGAAGAAACAAAAGGCUUCACUCCUACAUCACAUUGACCUUCUCUAAUUUGGAAUACCUAUGUUUUACUUGACUGUUCCUAGUUUACAACUUUGUGAAUAAAAUGUAAUUUCAGUGUUACUAUGGCAAAAAGCCAUAGGCAUUUGUAGGGAUUAAUAAUAGUGUAUAGGACUGAGUUGAACAAAUUAUGUUUUUUUUUCCUCUGGUAUAUUAGAACCUGAUAUCACACAAUAUAGCUAAUGCUAUCCAUUUAAACAUGGCAAAUUCACUAAAACCCAAAAUCUGAUGUGUCUAGUAGCAAAUUGUUACAAAAAAAAAUGGCAUAAAUCAGAAACUGUUCUUAUUGAUUUCCCAAUAUGUUUUGUGACUGUCAGACUUUAUUCACAUCAUAUACACUGACUAUGUUGGAUGGUAUCCCGUGUGAUCCUGACUAUUUACAGACUUUUAUGGGACAAACAUAUGCAAAAUAAAUGUGUUCUUUUGGUAAAUGUUUCAAUACACAAGCAGUAUGGUAUCAGCAUAUUUAAUGGGACCAGAAAAUCCUUUCUUCAUAUGAAUUAUGUGCAGAAAAUAAUUGGUUAGAUUAUCAGUUGUUUUUGCUUUCCUCGUUUGCAUAAUGAGUUCUUUAUGUGUUGGAACAUCAUCCACUUCCAGAAGGAAGUCCUCUGAAACCUCUAAUGAUAACUCUUCAUAUAUGGCCAGUCACAUCUUCAGACUUUCCCCAGAAAAACCUUCUGUGUAAUGAGCUUUCCUCCUCCUGUGCUCCCUGAGGGGCCGUUGUUUGGCUGACAGCCACUUGGUACUAAUGCAAAAUGUAUGCCGUCACUCAGAAGGAGAGGAUGGAGUUCCCUGCAUUUCUACCUUGGAAAGCUCCAUGGAUAGUGUUCAUAAUGGCAUAGGGAUGUCAUUGGAGUAUACAGAUACCUGUAGUCACAUAGUACGGUUGAAAAAAGACAUAUGUCCAUCAAGUGAAAAGAAAAACCCACACAGUGAGAUCUGUUAACUAAAGAUUUAUAGUUACAAACUUAUGUCCGGACACCAUUUGGAGCAUCCAUAGGUAGUUCCAUCAAACUUGAUAAGAAGAAAAAAAUGUAGCAUGCUGUUCUAUUUUUCCAGUCGAAACCAAGGAUACAAUGCUGGAACUCGAGGGAUCCCUUUAUAAGUCAAUGGGGUCCAUCAAUCUCAGUUGGUUUCAUUUGGCGCCAAUGUGAGCCUUAAUCUUUCAUUUUUUAUGGUAUACAUAGGAAUAGAGGCCAGAGGGAGGCCGAGAGUACAUACUUAUGCCUCUCUGUGGCAAUGGAAGCCUAUGGACAUGUUUAUCAUGUAAGUGGGGAGCUUUCCCAAUGUACAUAUUAAACAUGUGGCACAAUGUGAUCCAACACUAACAGUGGGGAAUGCCGGUAGUUUGCAUUAGACAGACAUUAGGGCUAAAUUCCCUUGUGCUGGUGAACACUUGAAGGCAAAAUCUUGCCCCCAUAUGUUCACAAUGGCCGUGUGUUGUUGCCAGGAUUAUUAUAAUGAUUUUUUAAUUUGUAUAUCUGUAUAGCAGUAGGAGCUCUGUUUUUCUCCAAAUCCCCUAUAAAACAAUAUUAAAAAUGCUUUCAAGCUCUCCCUAGGAAUGCUAGUGGCAUCAACAUGCCAGGUCUUGAAUCGUUUUCUUUGCAAAGGAUUUAGCGGUCUGUAUCAUGAAACAAAGCUGCGACUACUAUAUAAUAUGAAAUUAAUCAGUACAGAAUUUAGAUUCUAUUUAGAUUACAUAAAAUAUUUCAAGUUGGACAUUCACUUCAAAGUACUGUUUUUAACACAAUUCACUGUAUCCACAGGAAUGGCCUAAUCCAAGGAAGGAAAGUAACAAACCACAGACCAAUCAUGUCCACAUAAUUAGUUUCUAACAUCAAACAUUAUAAGUACAAAUAGGAAUAACACUAAAUACCACUAGAUACAUAUCACUCAUCUGUGAGUGCUGCGGUGAUUUUUUUUCUAUUUGUAAAUACAUACCUGGAAACAUUUGUUAAAGUAUUACUUUGCCAUUAAGUUAUCGUCAAUGAAAAUGUCACAAAUAUAACCAUAUAUAUUAUCCUUGGAAUAAAUGCAAGAACCUAUAUUAACCCAUUAAGGACGCAGGGUUUUUCCGUUUUUGCAUUUUCAUUUUUUCCUCAUCACCUUCUAAAAAUCAUAACGCUUUCAAUUUUGCACAUAAAAUUCCAUAUGAUGGCUUAUUUCUUGCGCCACCAAUUCUACUUUGCAGUGACAUUAGUCAUUUCCCCCAAAAAUCCAUGCGAAACGGAAAAAAAAUUUAGUGAAGAAAAAAUAUCAUUUUGUAACUUUUGGGGGCUUCCGUUUCUACGCAGUUCAUUUUUCGGUAAAAAUAACACCUUAUCUUUAUUAUGUAGGUCCAUAAGGUUAAAACUAUACCCUACUUAUAUAGGUUGGAUAUUAUUCGUACUUCGAAAAAAAAUCAUAACUACAUGUAGGAAAAUUUAUAUGUUAAAAAUUCUCAUCUUCUAACCCCUAUAACUUUUUUAUUUUUCUGCGUACGGGCCGGUAUGAGGGCUCAGUUUUUUGCGCCAUGUUCUGAAGUUUGUAUCGGUACCAUGUUUGUAUUGAUUGGACUUUUUGAUCACUUUUAUUCAUUUUUUCAUGAUAUAAAAAGGGACCAAAAAUACACUAUUUGGCAUUUUUUGCACGCACACCAUUGACCGUGAGAUUUAAUUAACUAUAUUUUUAUAGUUCGGACAUUUCCGCACGUGGCGAUACCACAUAUGUUUAUUUUUAUUUACAUUUUUUUUUUUUUUAUGGGUUAAAUGACCUUUGUUAACUUUUAUUUUCACUUUUUUUUUGCAGUGUUAUAGCUCCCAUAAGGACCUAUAACACUGCACACACUGAUCUCCUAUGCCAUAGCUUUGCACGGAUCAGAGAGAUAGGGGCUUGAUUUCUCAAGCCUGUAGCUCAGGCUUGGAGCAAUCAAUCGACGAUCGGACGCCACGGAGACAGGUAAGGAGACCUCCGCCUGCGUCGCAGCUGAUCGGAACAUCGCGAUUUUAUGCCGCACGCUGUUAGCCCAGGGUCCCGGCUAUUAUUAGCAGCCGGGACUGACCCGUUUUAAACACCGGGACCGGGUGUAGGGCGUACAGGUACGCCCUAUGUCCUUAAGGAGUUAAAAGGGGCACUCAUUAUCAAAAGGUAUCCCCUAUUCAUAGGAUAGGGGAUCACUAGUUGAUGAGUGGGGUCCAACCAUUGAGACCCACUGAUCGUGAGAUUGGAGGUCAAAUGUCCUCAGGAAUAGAGCAGCACUGGCAGAAUUCCAAAUUGUGAGACUAUGCUUCUUUAAAUGUAUUUUGUCCUGAUAACGAUAGAAGAACAAAAUUCUUACUAUAUUAAUUAUAAAUGAAUUGGCACUUUUAUAUCCUCUACAUAUUUAAAUAGGUUAUUCAGGAUUAAAAACAGCACCACACAUGUCCUCAGGUUGUGGGUAGUAUUACAGCUGCACUCAAGUAAAUGCAACUGAGCUGCAAUAUCACGCACAGAGGCCAGGUGUAGCAGCUAUGUGCAGCUAUGUUUCUAAUUCUGGAUAACCCCUGCACAGCACAGCAUAAGAGUCUGAUCGAAGGGGGUUCAACUGAUGGGACCCACACCAAUCUACUGGCCGGUGCCCCAAUGUUCUGAAGAUUUUUGUUCAGAACACUGGCUAUCCUUGUGCACGGAGUAACAUGCCCCCUCCAUGCACUGUCUAUGGGAGAACCGAAGAUUCAAGAGUACAAAUACUCAGGUAUAAAUCUUCAGAAUACCUGGGUGUCGGGAAGGAGUUAGCAGGGGUCUCAGCAGUUGCCUACGCCCCC